GCAUGCUUCAGGCUCGUCGUGCAUCAUCAUACCGUUUGAAUGACUGACAUGUGAGUGAGGGACAGCAGACGGUCCAAUCAAAAGCCAACCCCCACCAACACGUAGACGCCACACACCGCACACCGCACACGACAUUUCUAGGCAGGUUUCUUCGGUAUCCUCGGGUACUGCCCCCCUCCGCCCCGCCCUCCCGCUCCCUUCCUCCGCAGCACACUCGCCUUGAGCGACACGGCAUCCGUCACGGCAGAGAGCCGCUCGACGCCGGGGAGCUCUCGGAACUCGCGCGUGGCCGUGUCGUACCUGAAGAAGCGGUCGGCCAUGCCGUUCUCCAGAGUGGCGGGGCAGUUGAACCGAGCCAACACCUGCGGGGAGACAGAGACAGACAGACGGAUGGCUUCUUCCUUGUUUGGUUGAUGGAUCGUAUGUGUGUGUCUCACGCGUAUGAGUUGCUGUCCGUCGUAGGCGUAGAGUGCCCUGAAGUCGUGUCGCCCCAGUGAUCCGUUGAAGACUAUGACAAAGGCGUCGAAGCGCUUCAGCUCGCCAUCGAACUUCUGCAGCACCUCCUCACGCACAGGACGAUUCGGCUCACCUGACACGAGCCGGCCAAUGGAUCGCACAGAAAUCAUGACACACACACAACACACAUGACGCCCAUUCUUCUUCAUUUCUGGUUCGCUCACCUGCCAAGCACACGUUCUGCAGGGCGUUUCGUAUGAGCUUCCUGUUGCACGCCCGGCCAAUCGACACUGCUGGGGGUGGAGCAGGUGGUGCUGCCCGCCGACUCUCAGGUCCUUCCUCUCCCUCUCUCUCUGGAAAUGACUCCCGCUGCUGCUGCUGCUGCUGCUGCACACGCACAGGCGACACUGCUUGUGCCAUGGGUGGCACAGCUGAGAGAUGUGAAUGUGCCUCGCCAUCGUCCGGCCGCCCCAUCGCCCCUGCCCCCUUCAGAUGUAUGGCUGCGUAGCCACGCCUCUCGACCCAGAAGGGGUCUUCCACCACCGGCACUCCUGGGGAGUCGAUAGUGUGUGGACGCGGGAGGGGCGGGAGAGGCGGCAGAGAUGGCACGUGGUGCCGGAUUGGUGGAGGGCGCGUGUCUGGCAGGGGUCCUGACUCGGAUGCGGUGCGACGAUGGACCAGUCUGGGAAGCGCGACGGGCGGCUGGGGCUGGGGUGGUUCUUGUGGUGUGUCGGCUGAGGUCUUGUGCUGUCUGUAUUGGCGGCGCUUGAGGAACAGCUGCCGCUGCCGCGCACGCCGCCUCUCAAUACGCAACCUGAGCGAAGACAGAAGGAACACCUUUUGUGUGUGUGUGCGCCCGGCUGCGUGCCUGCCUCUGUCACACUCACUCACCUGUCCUCUGCCGUCAGGUCGUCCAUCAUGUCGACCUCGAUGACCACGCCACUGCUCGCCUUUGGCCCCUCCUGCCCCUGCCCUUUCCUCUCACCCUCACCCUCAACCCACGCCUCCCUCCGUCCAAUCGGCAGCCCCGCCCCCACCCACAUGUGCUCAUCGGGGACGGGGUCAGGAGCGGUCGACGCAACCGAAGUCUUGUCGUCAUCAACAUCGGCGCGAGCCGCCGCUUGGCCUCCGCGGUGCACGAUGCGCUCACGGAUGGGGCUGAUGAUGCGUCUGUCCACGUGAUGGGGUGCGGUAAAGGGCCUCUCGUAAAGGGUGGGGAUCGUUGGGGGCAUGAGGCCCAUGUCGUCAGAGAGGGGGAGAGGCAGCCGCGAGAAGCGGGUGAUGCGGCCCUCGUCUUGAAGCUCGUCGUCUUCCCUCUCGCCGUCGACGGACCAUUCCUCCUCCAUUGCUGGCACAUGAAUCGGGUAGCCCCCAGCGAUUCCCGCUCCAAGUGGAUAACGCUCGACAUGGCUGUUGAAAGGGGGGAUGUCCGCCGCUGCCGCAGCUGCCCGUGUGUGGGCCUCCUCACCGACCGGCCACACAUCGAAGGGCGCCUCGUCAAAGCCAACGGGGUCAGGGACAAGAGGCACGGCUGGCGGCACACGAGGUAGAGGUGGGACGGGCGGCCUGUCGUGAGGCAGAGAGAUGGAUGGCACCGGCACCGCACUGGCGGCCGGCGGCGGCCUUCUCUCCCUCUGACGCACCCCCUCCUUCCUGACGCUCCGCUUCUGGUUGGUUCCUGCCUGUGGUGGGUGCGGGUGGAUGGGCUCUCUCCUGACGAGCUGCACGCGCCUUUGCGAAGAGACUCGGUCUUCAUUGCCGACCCGCCUGUCGAUGUUGACCACAGUGCGCGUGGUGUCCGCCUUGGCAGCAUCCGCAGCUAAAGGGGGCUCGGCCGCAGCCUCUCUAUCGACAAUAGGUGGGGGCACCUUGAGGCUUGCAGGGUCGCCUAGCGCGGGCGUGCCGUCGUCCUCGACCGUGCCAGCCAUCCGCAAUGAACGGCCCCUGUCCCGAAUAAAGUCGAUGUGGGAUGGGCGGAUGGUGAGGCCGGCAGGGAGGGGGGGAGGAGGGGGGUUUGGUGGGGGAAAAGACGGGGACGAGCUGAAUGACGACACGCCAGGUGCGUCUGGACCAUCGGCUGUGAAUGGCGCGGCAGAGAGGGAGAACAAGGGCGGCCUUGCACCUGUAUCGUCGUCAGCAGCCGCCACAUCGUCACGCGUCUGAGACGAGACCUCCUCUCCACCGUCACCCGACGAGCCGGCGAGCUGGGAGGAGAGCAGCCCUCGUCGCUCCUCAUCGUCGCCAUGCAUUCCGUCGGCACCACUGGCCUCCUGCUGGGCAUCCACAAACGGCUCGAACUCGACACCGCCGUCCUCGUCACUGUCCUCGAAGAAAUCUCCUCCUUGCUCCUCACCAGCACCCUCUUUGCCGGUGUCUUGUGGUGCGGCUGACUCAGAAUCGAUUGCCUCCUCGUCUUCAUCGGCCAUCUGCUGCUCACCAUCGACAGCCCCGUCGUCUGCUUCGAUUGCCUCCUCGACCACGCCAGCGGUGUCUGGCUGCCCGGCGGCUGCCUCCAUCUGCGGACGGGCGGACUCUCCAUCCUGCCCGGGCCAAUCGACGGGAGGGCUGGACGGCGACUGGUCUCCUUGAUCGUCAACGGGUGGCUCAGACGGCUCCUCCAGAUCGAUGACAGCACCACGAGACGCAUCAUCAGCAUCCACAGGCUCCUCCUCGACGACGAUGGACUCCUCAAUCGCCUGCCCAUCCAGCUGGCUCUCCUGCCCAGCACCAUCGCCCUGGUCGUCAUCGGUGUCUUCGUGCGCCUCCUCCCACACGCCCUCGCCCUCCCCGUCGCCAUCGGGGGUGACGGGCAUCUCAGAAUUGGUGACCACAGCCACACCAGGGAUAAUUGAGUCGCACGAGUCGUAGUACCCCUCCUCGUUGCGAUCGUCGUUCUCCCCGCCGCUGCUGCUGAUGUCCUCCGCCGCACCAGCCUCCUUGCCAUCGUUAUCGCCAUCGCCAGGCCUUUCUGUGCCGUCUGCUUGGCUGUCUUCUUGUGGCGGUUCUGGUGUCUGGUCGACGAGGAGAGGUUGCAUGAGCAUCGGGGGCGGGGGCGGGAGGGAGCGGGGCAGCACGAAGGGCCGUGAGGGGGAGCAUGGCACCGCGUCACCGCUGAAGGUGGGAGUGUCCUCACCCUCUUCACCAUGCAACGGCUGCUGCUCGAGCCCCGGUCCCUUCUCAUCUUCUACAGAGGGGGUGUCUCUUGGCUGUGGCAUGGCUUCUGCUGUGUCGGCGGUGGCGAUGGCGAGAGUGUGGUCGUCCCCGUCAGACUCGACAGUUGGAUCCACUUGCUCCUGUGGCGGUUCAUCUGCCGUCUGCGCAUCGCUGUUCGUCCCCUCCACCUCAUCCAUCUCCUGCUCUUCAACAGCGUCAUCCCCCACAUCCUCUUCAAGCUCCUCCUGGACCACUGGUGGCUCCUCCAGUGGUGCAGCAUCGGGUGACGCCACUGCGGCAUCCUCGUCGUGCGUCACUUCUGUUGCUGCCGGCGACGGUGUGACAUGAAUGUCCUCGACCUGCUCUUGUUCAACAGAGGCGACGGCGUCGUCAUCCUCAACGCCGGCUCCUGCCAACGGCGCCUGGCCGACAGUCCACUCGCGCCGCUCACAGAUGGCGGCAUCAGCCGUCUCAAGGUCUGCUAGGGGCGGUGGAGGGCCCAGGGUGGCUUUGUCGUCGUCCUCCUGGAAAGAGGUCGACGGCUGCUGAGGCAGCUCAGACUCAGAGGCCACAGUGGGCAGCCGGCCCGUCGAGUGGCGGGGGUCGAUGGCGUCACGCCUCACCAAUGUGUCGCCAUGGUGGUCCUCCUUCCUGCCCUUGAGGAACGCCUGCAACUCCGCUAUGAUGGCCGUCACCUGUGGAUCGUCACCAUCCGCCGCGUGUGCGUGGGACCGGCUCAUGGGCAGCAGAGCCAUAUCGCCUCCAUCGCCAUUGUCAUCGUCUUCUCUGGCUUGUCUUGUCAGCUCGUUGGUGAGGGUGAGCUGAUGGAGGGGCGAGGGGGGCAUGGGACUGACGUACCUCCGCCGCAGGGCAGCUGCCUGUGCGGCCACCUGCUCACGCAUGGCGUCGGCAUUCACCUCCACUGUCCACAGCUCGUCGGCCCUCAGGUCAGCCAGAGAAGAGCAGAAACCGCCCCGAUCCUCCUCCACACGCAAUGCUGGCUCAGGCUCCACACGCACAGGCUGCUGGGGCCAACAAGUGUCCGAUGAAGCCGCCGCUGCCGCUGCCGUGUGCCAUGGCUCGGGAAUCAGCCCGUCGACCGACACCCCCAUUCCACCAUCGCUCUCAUCCGCACCAGCAAAGCGGGGCGUGUGCGGCCGCAUAGGUCCAUGGUGAGCACCAGUCGUCACACCAUCGUCUUCGCGCAGGAAGUGAAGCAGGGAGCUGAAUGAGGGCCGGUCUGGUGACACCGAAAGGCUGUCGGGCUCUGUCUGUGGCGUCGUGGGACGAACACGCGGCUGCGUCCGGUAGGAGAUGGGCGAGGAAGGUGACAAUGGCGACGUUGACUGGGGCAGGACAGGAGGGGCAGCAGAGAGGGGGCGGGGAGAUGCGGUGAGUGAAGUGCCCUGACAAACGACAUGACACGACACACAUCGAUGGCCAUAAACAGACGACAUAUGUGUGCAUCGAUUGAUGGCUGUCUCGUUCAGCCCAUCGCUCACCAUGACGCUGAGCGGCCGGUCGAGUGACUUGGUGACCCUGCUCUCAACUCCCGCCAUAACAUCCCUCCGCAGCAGUCGCCUCUCCCUGCUCUGACUCACAUACUUGUCCCGCCCCAGCCUCGCCUCGAAGGAAGAGGGGCCGCCACGGCCCCUCUGCGACACCAGGCCGGCAAUGGAUGACGCCCAUCUCGGCUGCUGCACGGCCGGGGGGACAUCUGGUGGUGGUACUGGAGGCUUGCCGAACGCGCGCACUAUGCGAUCGAGGCGCCUCACGGGCUCGGCGGAGUGGGAGGGGGGCGAGGGACGGGUGAGGCGGGUGCCUUCGAGAUGCUUCACUGGCGACCGCAGGGCUGCACACAUCCAUGCAGCAAGACGGUCAUGCUCGCUCACGAUUGUGUGUGCAUCAUCAGGUGGCUGGCUUACUGGCGUGCAUCCUGAGGAGGUCUUGAUCAAGCCUCUCUAUAGCCUCCUUCUCUGCCUGUAUCCGCCGCAGCUGCUGCGACACCCGACUACUGUCACUGCCCGAGGAACGAACAAAAAAGAGGAAGAGAGCAGAGAAUCCCAUGCACCCCCCUCAUUCCAGGCACGUGUGAAUCCGCUUUGCUGUCGACUUGCCUUUGCAGUGGCAUGGCGGUUGUGUGCGGUCGGGACAGAGAAAGGCCUUCAAUGGCAAGCCCUGCACACAAUCCAGGACAAUCCAGUCAAUGAAAUCAACGGCAGAGAGGCCAAGUUGAGCGCGAGAGGCGUGUCGGUCUUGUGUGCGCACCAGACGAGGAGACUCUGUGACUCAUUUCGUCUCAGUCUCAGGUUUCUCCAGCGGACAUCAAUGAGAUGUGUCCUCUAUGAAUGUGCUUUCCAUCCUCC